CUUUCAUUCCCAUUCAAAGACAAACAAAUUCGGUUGUUGUGAAGGUUGGCGAGCGAGAGAUGGGUGUAUUUACGGACAUUUUCCAUCUUUCUUUUGGGUUUACAACGUAACAAACUUGUCCGAAUGUCAACGACGCACGUCCAAGAUGAACUGAUGUACGAUAGGACCAGCUUACAUUAAGCUUCGUCUUUAAUUAACUUCCAUUUUGAAAGACAGGUAAGGAAGAUGAGUCGACCUCCAUCCGUCAUUAUGAACUCACAGAAGAGUGGUAACGCAACAAUUAUGCAGGCCAACAGAAGUCUCACUUCCCCUACAGCUACAGCAAGCAUUUCUGCAAGCACACCUACAAAUAACGACUUAGCCAGCCUUUUUGAAUGUCCAGUUUGUUUUGAUUACGUUCUUCCACCAAUUUUUCAAUGUAGUAGUGGCCAUCUCGUUUGCUCGAACUGUAGGCCUAAAUUAACAAUUUGUCCAACAUGUCGUGGGCCUCUCGGAAGCAUUCGGAACCUAGCUAUGGAAAAAGUGGCAAAUACAGUUUUGUUUCCAUGUAAAUAUAAUUCAUCUGGCUGUUCGGUAACAUUACAGCAUACUCAAAAAACGGACCAUGAAGAAUCUUGUGAAUUUAGACCAUACACUUGUCCUUGCCCUGGGGCCUCCUGUAAAUGGCAGGGUUCUUUAGACUCUGUGAUGCCGCACCUAAUGCAUGCACAUAAAUCUAUUACAACUUUACAAGGAGAAGAUAUUGUUUUUCUAGCUACAGAUAUAAACUUACCAGGAGCAGUUGACUGGGUUAUGAUGCAAUCUUGUUUUGGUCACAACUUCAUGCUUGUAUUAGAGAAACAAGAGAAAUAUGAAGGACAUCAACAGUUUUUUGCUGUUGUACAACUAAUAGGAUCACGUAAACAGGCAGAAAACUUUGCAUAUAGACUUGAGUUAAAUGGCCACAGGCGACGCUUAGCAUGGGAAGCAACGCCAAGAAGCAUACAUGAUGGGAUCCAGUCAGCUAUUUUGAACAGUGAUUGUUUGGUGUUUGACACCAGCAUUGCACAGCUUUUUGCUGAUAAUGGAAAUCUGGGAAUAAAUGUUACCAUAUCAAUGUGUUAGAUUAAUACUUUGUGGAUUUUUGCCACAUUAUAGAUAGGAGAAGUAAUGUUUUCAUGAAAUAAAAACAAGUAUUUUUAGGAUUGCUUGGGUUUGCAAAUUAGUAUAGAGGCUUUUGUAGACUCGCAUGGAAAAGAAUCAAGUCACUCCUUUCUUUAACUAUGUAGAGAAUGUUUUUACCGAGCUUCCUAUCAAAAGUGGUUUCAUUGCAGUUAACUGUUACUCACUUUAAGCUUUAUUUGGAACUUCAAAGUUAUUUGAACUUCCAAGAAACAAAACAGAAAUUGAUAUUUCCAUGUAUUUAACACAAUUUGAAUUAAUAUUUUGAAGUAUUGUCUUGUUCUGUGCUGGAGUGCUGUCCCUCAUUUGGUAAAAGUUUUUCAAUCAAUGUUUCAAUAUGUUCAUCAUAGAAGCCAUACCAAAUCAUCUUUUUCAGACUUGAAAAGUCAUUUUUUUUUAUAAAUCAGUUACCAGAAAACUAUUACAAAAUGGUCUCUUUUAUGGUUCAGUCUGGCAUCAAUCUGCAGUGUAGAUAGAUGAAUAUUUCUGGUCAUAGCCAACAAGUUCCAUUCUUUACAUCUGCAAAUGCCUAGAAUCAUCAUUAAUAGUAAUUCUCAAUUUAUACCUUUUUGAAUUAUGCUCACUUUUUGGUUUGGUUUGCAGAUAUUUUCAACUCAUAAUAUGACAUUAGCUUUUCAUAAUUUAUUUUACAAAAAUUGAGCAUUAGGACAUUGUUAAAAUUUAGCUUUUCACAUUGUUUGUCAAAGUAUACCUCUAUGUUGGUAGUAGUUUCAUGUUUAUAAAAGAAAUAGAAUUUUAAAUCUUGUAGCAUGCUAUUAAGGGAUUUAGAAUUCAAUAAUGACAUUUCCAUUGGUUUA